AUGGCACCAUUAGAAAAUCCUAACUUAGAAGGGUACCACGUUGCCCGUCAAAUGUGGUUGGAAUACUAUAAUCCAAAAGCCGGUACAUACAUUGCCAAAAAAAAAUGCAGUGGCUGUUACAACGAUGAGAAAUUUGUCGUUUGGGCAGUUUCAGUGGCAGACCAGGCCAUUGUUGAUGCUGCACGAAUCUACCCGGAGUUUAAGCCCUUGAUUCAACCUGCAAUUGCUAUAUUUGAGAAAUACAAAAAUAGAUCCAAGAAGGGGUUCUCUGCAGCUGAAGGCGGUGACAAUGAUAUCUACUAUGAUGACGAUGCCCAGGUUUGUUCUGCAAUGCUUACUGCAUACGAAGUCACAGGCGACAAAACAUAUUUGGACCAAGGUAGGGAAUUGACAAGGUUUCUCAUGAGUGGCUGGAACGAUAACCCCAAUGCGGUCACAAAAGGCGGUGUGCACUGGCACAUCUCCAAGAAAUUGUUGAAUGCAUGUACCACCGCUGAGGUGGCCAAGGCGUGCUUGCAAUGCUCCAAGUUUAUCCCACUGGAGGCACAAGUUUAUGUUGAUUUUGCUGCAAAAUGCAUUGACUGGCAAAUCAAAGUCUUGCAAGAUCCAGGUGACAAGUUGAUCAUGGAUGGUAUUGGAGAGGAUGGCGACAAACCGGAUGCUGCAAAAUGGUCGUAUAAUACAGGAACUACGCUUUCGGCUGCAGCACACUUGUACCAAAUUACAAAGGACCAAAAGUGGUUAAAGAUUGCUACUGAGUUGGCCGAGGCUGGAAUCAACCAUAACUCAUUCUUUUACGAUCGUGAUUUCCCAAACGACAAACGAUACUGGAGAGACCCAUCAUAUUUCAACCAAUUGUUGAUUGAGGGUUUGGCUGAUUAUUUGCUUUAUGUGGGGCAAGACGUACCCGAGGGAUUGGCACAAAGAAUUCAUGACGAGGUACGAAGACAUUUGAUUAUGUUUUACGAGUUUAUGAAGGACCCUCGUGAUGGCGGAUACAUUCAAAGUUUUGAGCCUCACAAUACAUACAGAGAAGUGUAUGAUGCAAAAUACCACCAAUGGUUUGGAGAUGGUAAAGGAUGGGGGUUGAAAGGCGAAGAUAAGGAUGGUGAAGGAAAUCCACAAAAAUGCCUUAUGGGUCUUGGCUCUGCUGCAAGAAUAUUCUUUCAAGGUGCUAGAAUUGUUCCAAAGAUUUAA